UCUUCAUUCACUCUCGAGACAAUGUCGUACGGCGCACAAUAUUCAGCCCCACCUCCUGCUUAUGAUGAAGAGGCACAGGAGCCUUUCUUGAACAAUGCUCAAGACGACAUGUUCAAGGAAACUGUUGCAAAUAGUUCAGUAGAAAUUAGAAUGCAAUUCGUUCGAAAGGUGUACUCCAUUCUCACAGCUCAGAUACUCUCUACCAUUGUCAUGUCGUCCGUCUUCAUGUAUAAUACCAAUGCAAAGACCUGGGUACAAUCAAACAUUUGGGCUCUUUAUGCUUCCAUGUUCGUUACUAUGGGUACCCUCAUUUUCCUCCUCUGGAAGUCACGUUCCACCCCGUUAAAUUACUAUUUGUUGGCUGCUUUCACCGUUUCAGAAGGAUAUCUUGUUGGCACAGUUGUCACUUUCUACGAACAAACUGUGGUGUUACAAGCUCUAAUUAUCACAUUUGGCGUCUUUGCCGCAUUGACACUGUUUACACUUCAAUCCAAAUGGGACUUUAGCGGGAUGGCUCCAAUUCUUUUCGCUUCUCUAUGGGUACUUAUCCUUGUUGGAUUUGUGCAAAUUUUCUUCCCAUUCUCCGAAGGUUUCCAACUCGCAAUCGCAUUUGCUGGUGUUCUAAUCUUUUCCGGUUAUAUCAUCUUUGAUACAUAUAUGAUUUUCAACCGUUACUCACCUGAGGAUUAUAUCUUGGCCUCUGUCAGCUUGUAUAUGGAUUUCAUCAAUCUGUUCCUUCGCAUCCUGCAAAUCUUGUCAGCAAUGCAAAGAGAUUAGAUCCCAUGUAUACCAUAUUUCUUCUAAAUCAGACCAAGGCUUUUCUGUAUGAGCAAAAGAUGGACGAUGCUGUCGUGCUCUAAUUUUCCUGAUAAAUAAAGAUAUGCAGUAGUUUUUAUGGAAGAAGACAAGCGAUGUAUUGA